UCGAGACUGGUUCUGCGACAGGUGAUUAGAGGCGUCUGUGAGGGAGGCAGCGACUUGGAAAUGUCAUCCGGACCGUACUUUGUGGGCGUGGAUGUGGGAACGGGCAGUGCGAGGGCGGCGCUGGUGGCCUCCGAUGGGCGUGUCCUGGAGCAGGCGGUGCAGGCCAUCAAAACCUGGAACCCGGAGCCGGACUACUACAACCAAUCCUCCGACAAUAUCUGGCAAUCCAUCUGCCAGGUGGUGAAGAAAGUCAUUGCCGGCGUCGAUAAGUCAGAAGUCAAGGGCAUUGGCUUCGAUGCCACUUGCUCCUUGGUGGUUCUGGGUCCCCAGGGAUCGCCGCUGACUGUGAGCAAGUCCGGUGAGGCGGAGCAGAACGUAAUCCUUUGGAUGGACCAUCGAGCGGAGCAGGAGACGCAGGAGAUAAAUGCCUUCAAGAAUCCCCUACUGAAGUAUGUGGGCGGCCAGGUUUCCCUGGAGAUGGAGGUGCCCAAAUUGCUCUGGCUGAAGAGGAAUCUUUCCAAGACCUUUGCCAAUAUAUGGAGGGUCUUUGAUCUGCCCGACUUUUUGACCUGGCGAGCCACUGGUGUGGAUACCCGGUCGCUUUGCUCCGUGGUUUGCAAGUGGAACUACGAUGCAGCGAAUGGGAGCUGGAACAAGGAGUUCCUCGAGCAGGCGGACCUGGAGGAGCUGAUCCAGAAUAACUUUGAGAAACUGGGCAGUGAUGUCCAGCCGCCGGGCAGAAAAGUGGGCAAAGGACUCACCGCAAAAGCUGCCGGGGAACUGGGCUUGUCCAUAAGCACUGUUGUCAGCACUUCCUUGAUAGAUGCCCAUGCCGGCGCCUUGGGAAUGUUUGGCUGCCGUUCUAAGGAUUCCAAGGGAGACGACGAUGUCCAGGGUAAAAUGGCACUGAUUGCCGGCACAUCCACCUGCCACAUGAGCAUCACCAGAAAGGCCUGUUUUGCCCAGGGCGUUUGGGGCCCCUACCAGGAUGCCAUUAUACCGGGAUAUUUCCUCAACGAAGGUGGUCAGAGUAUUGCAGGCCAUCUCCUGGAUCACGUCCUCAAGUCCCAUGAAUCCUACGCUGAACUGAAAUCGAAACUGGGCGAGGAUAAGUUCAUCUAUCAGCAUCUCAAUAAGUUACUGCCGGAAUUGGCAGCUGCCCGGGGAUUCGAUCAACUGAGCUGUCUCACCCAGGAUGUCCAUGUCUGGCCGGAUUUGCAUGGCAAUCGCUCGCCCAUCGCCGAUCCCACGCUGCGAGGAGUGAUCACUGGCUUGGACAUGACGCGUGGAACUGAAUCUCUGGCCAUUAAGUACUUGGCUUUCGUACAAGCUCUGGCUUAUGGCACCCGUCACAUUAUCGAUAACCUGUAUCAGUACGGCAGAGCACCCUUCCAAACGCUCCUUUUCUGCGGUGGACUGGCCAAGAAUCCUUUGUACGUGCAAUGCCAUGCGGAUAUUUGCAAUCUGCCCGGCUUGAUUCCAGACGAACAGGAAAUGGUGCUGGUGGGAGCUGCUGCUCUGGGAGCGGCUGCAUCGGGACAUUUUGACAGCUUGGAGAGCGCCUCGAAAGCCAUGGGUGGCACUGGCCAACUGGUGAAGCCAAACCCGGAAACCUUGGAGUUCCACAACCGCAAAUACAAGGUGUUCCUACAGCUGCUGGAGAACCAACGCCAAUACAGGAGCAUUAUGCAGGGAGACACAAAAUAACUUAAACUGUUCGUUGUCAAGACUUUAAAUAAUUUUAAAAUAAAUGCCGCACAUGAGCAUUGUAACAAAAAA